AUGCCCUCGUUCACCCCCAACGAGCGCGAGCGCAGGAUCCUGCAACUGUCUCAGCAAUGGGGCAUCGUCCUCCCGCCCCCGCCCUCGUUCCGCACGCCCGCCGACGACGAGGUGGCUGAGGCUCUUGUCCAGCAGCGCAUGGCUGAAUCGGCAAAGGCGCGUCCCAAGAGCGGCCUCAGAGGGGCCUUUUCUUCGAACAGCCUCAAGAAGGGCAAGGCUGUGGAUGUCAAGGAUGUGCUCGACGUCCUGGGGCAGUGGAUCGACAACUCCGGCUCGCCGGGCGUCGCCGAGGCCCUGAUCCUCAAGCUGACGGCGGCCGGCGUGGACCUGGCGGGCUCGCAGCAGCACAAGAGCGGCAUCCUGAGCAGGAGGAAGAGCCUGGACAGCUUCGAAGGCCGCACGCAGCUGCUGAGGUCUGCCGUGGAGAGAAACAUGUCCGACAUGGUCCGCGUCCUGCUUCCCCACGCCGACUCUCUUGCGCUCGAUGCGUCUCUUACCGUUGCUAUUCGAAACGGCAAUUCCCAGAUCGUCGAGAAUCUGCUGAGGUACGGCGCCAACGCCUCGCGACUGACCGAGACACAAACGGCCUUUCGCCAGGCAUGCUCCAACCAUGGAAUGUCUGGCAUCGUCAGCCUGGUCCUCCAGUCAGAGGGCCGACCUCCUGCUGCCCUGAUAUCUGACGCCAUGAUCGAUGCCGCGAGGGCGGGUAACUUGCAGACCGUGCUCUAUCUUAGCCGCUCCACGGCGGAUGGAAACCAUAGGCAUGCCGAGGCCCUGAGGCAAGCAGUUGAACUGGGUCGAAAGGACAUUGCAGUGGCCAUCAUCAUGGGAAAUCUGCCGCCACAGCGUCCAGGGCUGGACAGCGCCUUUCAGGCUGCCUUUGAGCACUCAUCGAUGAACCCACACUCCAAAUUGGAGCUGGCAGAGCUCUUACUUUGUGCCGGCGCCGGAGGGGACUUUUUGUCCCAGGCACUCGAGUUAUCGUGCGAAACUCAGUUUUACGACAUGGCCAACCUGCUGGCCAUGUAUGGCGCUUCUAUAGAGUACAACGACGCCUCGAUGCUGAAAGGCGCUAUUGCUCGUGGGCAACUAGAUCUGGUCAAUUCACUCCUCCACGAGCGAACUGCGCUGAGCCCCCCGGCUGCGUCAAGCUGUGUCUCAGCCAUUCCCAAGCAGGCUGCCUUUGAAGGAGCCAACGGUGAGGCGCUUCACGGGGCUCUCAUCGAUGCUGUUGAAGCUGGAGAUGUAGAUUCGGUCGAGCUGCUUCUCAAAACCCACUUCCCAACGACGCAACCCAAUGGACAUAAGCCCAUGACCAGUGGGCGUCAUGCCGUUGCAUCUGUUGAUUAUCAAAACGGGAGGGCCAUUGCCGCCGCGGUAAUGCAGUCGAAUAUAGAGAUGACGAGGCAACUCUUGGCUGCACGGCCUUCGGCUGAGACACUGACAGCCGUCUUCCCGCUGACCAUGAAGUUGUCAGGCACAGACCGCUACCAAAUGGUGGAACAGUUCCUCAGGCACAAGCUACCUUCCUCUACUUUACAUGCCGCCCUCCAAGAUGCCAUUGCUGAACCUAUCUCCAAGAGAGAUGAAGCACUCGUUGGCCUGCUGCUACAGCGGGAUGCGGACAUCAACUUCAACAAUGGCGCCGGCCUUGCUCCUCUCAUUGCACAAAAAGAUGUCCGCCUUCUUAUGCCUUUACUGAAAAAGGUAACUCCGCAGACAGCAGCCGCGAGAACAUACGAUGCCAUGCGGCUCGAUGAUCACAGGACGAGAUUCGAAAUCAUGACAUCGUUGCUCAUUGCGGGCGCCUCUGCCGGCGUGGUCGAAGUUGCCACGGCGUUAUCAGAGACUUUGACAGAGAAGCCUGUCGACAUGUCACUCCUCUCGCUGCUGCUUCAGAAAGGUUACGCCGAUGUCAAUGCGCUGGACGGCGUAGUUAUCGAGAAAGCGGUGCUCAACCUCGACCCCAAGGUGCUGGAACUGGUCUUUGGCCUGGGAAAGCCCACAAGUCAGUCGGUAACCAAAGCGCUGCAAACCCUUGCUUCGACAACCCCAUCCGACGGGAAGACUGGCAAGCUGCGAGUGUUACUACCGCGGUCUGAUCGAAAGGAAGAUUUGGAUAGCUUUCUUGCUCAGGAGGUGCAGCUCCUUGCUCAGACCACAGGUCACGGUCAGAAACAGCUGCCACUCGCUGCCCUGGAGUUGUUGCUGGAAUCCGGGGCCGAUCCGAAUGCAUACAAAGCCGCAGCAUUGUGUCAUGCAGUCAUGGGAGGCAACAUUCGCAUCGUUGAUCUACUGUUCGGACCCCAAUGCCGCUUAAACCAAGCUUCUCUGCGCCUCGCACUCCCUCAUGCCCUGAGGCUGCAAGACCCUAUGAACAGGCUGACGCUGUCCAAGAGGCUUGUGGAGGCUGGGAUAUCGCCGCAGGAGGUCAAUCAGGCGCUGAUCCACGCGAUCAAGACCUACCCCGAGGACUUUGGCCUGAUACGGACUCUAGCUAGCAAGGCUGAUGCUUCAGACGGCGAAGCCUUGUCUCUCGCCGUAUCCAAGGAGUCUGUGGAUGUGACUGACAUUCUGCUGCAAGUCUCCAACCACUCAGUCGGCAGCCGCAGCAUGGCACUGACUCGAGCGAUGGAAAUCAAGAAUCGCCCAAACCGAAACACCCUGUGCCAACGCUUGUUGGCAUAUGAGAUAUCGUCGACCGCGGCCUCGAACGCCCUGCUGGUUGCCGCCCGUGAGGGCGAUGUCAAGCUGGGCGACAUUCUCAUGUCUCAUGGCGCAAGCAUGUCGGAGAAUAACGGCCAAGCCGUCAUCGAAGCAUGCCGUGGUGGCUCCGUGGAAGUGCUCAAGGUUCUCUUGGGGACGGAUAUGCAAGUCCGCAAUGCGACUCUUGAGGAGGGAUUCCAAGCAGCUACUGAGGUCCGGGACUUGAGCAAGCGGGCUAUGAUCUUUGAGUUGCUCCUGGGUAAGGGGUUCAGGGGCGAGCUUGUUGAUGCGCAGCUGGAGACGGCAGCGAGAUAUGGGAAAGAUGGCCAGGCCAUCUUGAGGGUACUGCUUGUUGCCGGGGCAGACCCGAAUUAUACCAAUGGCGAAGCUGUCGUUGCGGCCACAAGAAGCGCCUUUAUCGAAAACCUGGAGCUCCUCCUUGGUCUCUGGGACGAGGGCGAUAGCCAAAAGAAAGUCUCGCCCCCUACAUUGAUCCGGGCACUUAAGGCGUGCUGGAGCCUGAACCGUGACACUCGGUAUCAUAUAAUCGGCGAUCUUAUGAAGGCCGACUUACCCGUGGCAGAAGAUUUACACAUUGCUUUGAACAACGCAGUGAACGAGGAAGAUCCCGAGGAGAGGCUGGUGAAGCUUCUGCUGGACUACGGCGCUUCACCCUUGGCCAACGGGUGCAAGACCUUGGUCGAUGCUGUACAGAAAUCUCUCUCCUCGGUGUUGCCUCUCCUGUUGGAUAUUGAGAUUCCGCAGCACGACAUUGAUAUGGCGUUUAACAACUCAUUCAAAGCCGACAACUUUGACUCUUGGUUUACGCGGUCCGGUUUGGAAACAGCGCAGAUGCUACUGACCAAGGGUGCAAAGGGCGACGCUCUCAGUGAAGCCCUCAUCCCAGUCAUGAAUAGUGUCGUUUCCAACCCGGAGCUUGCUGACGACUUUUUCGACGUCCUUACUUCUUACGGUCCCAACGUCAACUAUCAGAAUGGAGAGCCGUUGCGGCUUGCGGCAUCACAAGCAAACGUCGAAUGGACGCACAGGCUCCUUGCGUGUCACCCGUCCACAGAAACGCUCACGUUUGCGUUUCACUGCAUAUUCGACACUGCACUCCCUCAGGACGAAGUGUUGGACUUUUUCCAAAUGUUUGCAGAAUAUCACGAGGGAGACGUUCGGCUUGAUGUCAUGGCCACUCGUGCCGGCUCCAUGCCGGUCCUGGGGAAAGCCAUUUCGCAGUAUCCUCGAUCCUCGACCAUCUUGACGACGCUGUUGGAUGCCGGUUACUAUCAUGAUCAGUCCAUGCUAUACAAGCUUCACGAAGAGAUUGAGGAGGAAGAGGAGAUGACGCUGCUCACGUGGGCCAUUGCCCAGCCGCAGAAGAAAGUUAGCUCUAAUCUGAUUCAGAUACUGGUAGAGCGGGGAGCCAAGGUCAAUGUCGCCACCAAGCUGUCGGGAACAACUCCUCUCAUGCUGGCUGUUCGGGAACGUCGCCCGGAUAUCGUAAAGUUGCUUUUACUAGAAGGGGCUGAUGUAGAUGCCAUGGACUUUCUUGGAAGAACUCCAAUGGCCAUGGUUUCCCAUUUGGGCGGCGAUGUUGCUAUCAAAAUCAUGUCCACUCUCCUUGCUGCAGAGCCGUCCAAGGACGACGGCUCAUUACACAACGCCGCCAGGGAGUUGAACCUUACAGCAGUCACGGUACUCAUAGAAGCAGGCCACGAUCCGGACUUUCCCAGCCCGCUCCACAACGGUCGCAGUGCUCUCGGAGAAGUCUGCUUGCAUGGAUCCGACGGCGAGGAGAUGACGCCUGAGCGGGAACGAAAGAUGCAAAAAGUCAUGACCUUCCUGGUUGAGAAGGCCAAAUGCGAUCUUACCAUCAAGCUGGAUGGCAAGUCCAUGCUGUACCUCUGCUUUGAGGCGGCAGAUCCAGUAUCUACGACGCGCGCAUUUUUGAAGAGCGGCAUGUGGAGGUUCAUCAACAAGCCAUUCAACCAGUAUGCAGACGAAACGUUUGUAUAUUCGCCGACAAUGUAUGUCAACAGGAUUCUGACGUCGUCCGAUGUCCGUGAUGAACUUCUUACUGUUCUUCGCGCCAACCGCGCCACGGACGUUUUCUAUGCCAAGGAAGGCACUCAACCGGAGGGAGCCGUCGGGUUGCCGGAGGAUAUAGAGGUACGAGAGCGCCUCCGCAAAGCUCGCUCGGAGCGGCUUGCGGAGGAAUCUCAGGACUUUGCCGUUGCAUUGGCCAGGAAGAGAGAGUUGGCCUCUGUUGAGCAGCAGAUACAAUCGCAAAAGGCAGAGAUGGAGGAUGCUCGCCGCAGGAGGUUACAGUCUGAGGACCUCGCUACCGUCCGCUCCAAGGCUCAGCUGGAAGAGAGCCUAGCGAACGAUGCCUUUAGACGGCGUCUUUCAGAGCAGAGAGCGGUGACAGAAGCCACACUGGCGAGUUCGAGGGCCAUGGCGGCAUCUGAGCUCGAGGCCGAAGAGGCGAGACAGCGCAAGGCGCUGGAGUGGGAGAACAAGCUCAACGCGGAGCGGGCGGGCAACGCGCGCGCGCUGAUUGAGAUGCGCAUCGGCGAGAGGGAGGAGCUGGAGCGCAUCGACGUGGCGUCUGAGCAGCGGAUCCAGCGGAGGCUGGAGGCGCAGAGGAGACUGGUGGAGAGCCAGGAGAAGCUGGCGCGGAGGUUGGGGGAUUCGCCGCUGUCGUCGGCGGAUGCGAGGAGGCAGAUUGGGUAUGUUACCGAGUUGAAUUAG